AUGUUUCGCCGUCCCGUGGUUCGUACGACGAAACUGCGACAUUCGGCUCGAUUUGCCGCUAAAGAAGCGGCGCGGGUAUUGGAUGGAGCCGAACGAUCGUCCUUGACCAAUCAGAAACUCGCCAAGCUUGAACAAGACAACGCUCAUGAAGACCCACAUGCGAACAUCGUCUGGCGAAAGGACUUGCCGAAUUUCGAAGACGAGAUGAUCGGUGGGCCCAAGAAGAAAGGCAGUAGGAAGAGAACUGCUGCUGCUCCUGUCAGCGGUGGUGCUAAUCCAGCCAAGAGGAGGAGGAAGUUUCGAGCGAGGCGAUUUCGCAAUUUCAUAUCCGCGCUUGAUGAAGCUAACCAGAAAUACCGAAAAAACAAAAGGUUAUUUCGAGCAUUCUUUAAAGCCACUGCACCAGCUCCCAAAGUGGAUGGCAGAAAGUUCUGUGGUCCGUGUGGGGAUGUCGGUAUUUACUCUUGUAUAAGAUGUGGUACACCUUAUUGUUCGAUACCAUGUCGUGAUGUUCAUAUGGAUACCAGGUGUGAACGAUGGGUUCAUUGA